UCUCAUCUCACGAUGGGUAAGGCCAAAUAUGACCGUCGUUUAGAUAAGUACUACCGUCUCGCCAAGCAGCGCGGCUUCCGCUCCCGUGCCUCCUACAAGCUCAUCCAAAUCAACGCCAAACACUCUCUUCUCCACAAAUCCCAUGCCGUUCUCGAUCUAUGCGCCGCCCCCGGUGGUUGGAUGCAAGUCGCCGUCGAGAAAGCUCCCUUCGGCAGCCUUGUUCUCGGGAUCGAUCUCGUUCCCAUCAUCCCCGUGCGUGGCUGCGUCGCUAUCCAGCAGGAUAUCACGCGGCCCGAGUGCAGGUCGAAGAUUAAGCAAGUGAUGGAGAAGCAUGGUGUUAGGGCUUUUGAUCUUGUUCUUCACGAUGGGUCUCCUAAUCUUGGUGGUGCUUGGUCUCAGGAACUUGUGAGUCAGAACGCUUUGGUUAUCGAUUCUGUGAAGUUGGCCACGGAGUUCUUAGCUCCUAGAGGAAACUUUAUCACCAAGGUUUUCAGGUCUCGAGAUUAUCACUCUGUGCGCUUCUGUCUUCGGGAGCUAUUCGAGAAGGUUGAGGAGUUGAAGCCACCGGCUAGUCGUUCAACAUCUUCAGAAACGUAUCUUUUAGGUUUGAAUUACAAAGCUCCUGCCAAGAUUGAUCCUCGUCAUCUUGAUUAUAGACAUCUUUUUAAAGAAACAGCAGAACCCACGAGAAAGGUUGUGGAUGUGCUUGGAGGAUCAAAACAGAAGAGAAACCGUGAUGGGUAUGAAGAUGGAGAGUCCAUUUUGAGAAAAGUUGCAUCUGCUGCUGAUUUCAUCUGGUCUGAAAAUCCUCUUGAGAUUCUUGGCACAGUUACUUGUAUAUCCUUUGAUGAUCAAGCCUCUCUACCUUUAAAAGAACAUGACUUGACUACAGAGGAGAUUAAAAUUCUAUGCGACGAUCUUCCUGUUUUGGGGAAGAAUGACUUCAAACACAUCCUAAAAUGGAGGAUGCAAAUUAGGAAAGCUCUGACUCCUGAAAAAAAGGAAGUGGCUAAAAAGGAGCCUGAUGUGGGAAAGGAAAACGAGGAAAAUGAGGAUGAUAGACUACUCAGUGAAUUGGAAGAGCUCACUAACGCAGCAGACCGCAAGAAGAAACAGGCAAAGAAGCUUCUUGCAAAACGACGGGCCAAGGAUAAGACGAGGAAGGCGACAAAUCCACAAAUAGAUGCACUUGAAGAUGGUUACGUAGACCAUGAACUGUUCUCUCUUGCUGCUAUCAAGGGAAAGAAAGAUCUAAUGGCAGUUGACGAAGAUGAUAACGCCAACGCCAAUGAAAGUGAGAACAAAGAUCGUGGUGAUGGAACUUCAGAUGACUCCAAAGACGGUGACAUAGAUUCUGAUGAAGAGCGUCAGAGAUACACUGAACAAAUGGAAGAGAUGUUUGACGAGGCAUAUGACCGUUAUAUGGCUAAGAAAGAAGGAAGCGCAAAGCAAAGGAAGCGAGCUAAGCAGACACACGUUGAGAAGCUUAAGGAGGGUAAUGGAGAUGAGGAGAUGAAACUCGAUUAUGAUUCAGAUAUAAAGGAAGAGACGGACGAGGCAAACCCACUUGUGGUGCCACUGGAUGAUGGAGAGACCCAAACAAAGGAAGAAAUCUCCAACCAGUGGUUCAGUCAGGAUAUAUUUGCUGAAGCCGUGGAAGAAGGAGACUUGGGUGAAGAUGACAGUGAUGACGUAAUGUCUAAACAAAAGGCAUCAAAAGCAAGCGUCUUGACUGGUCAGAGUUUACCCAUCAGCUCCAAGAAGGAAGAAGAUUUCGAGAUAGUUCCUCCACCAGCCACUGAUUCAGACUCGGACUCAUCCUCUGAGGACGACGUUCAUACAAAGGCCGAGAUGUUGGCAUGUGCCAAGAAAAUGCUAAAGAAGAAGCAGAGGGAAGAGAUGCUUGACGAUACUUAUAACAGACACAUGCUUGCGGACGAAGGUUUACUACCUAAAUGGUUUUUGGACGACGAGAAACACCACAGGCAACCGAUGAAACCCAUCACGAAAGAAGAAGCUAAUGCAGUGAAGGCUCAGUUCAGAGAAAUCAACGCUCGUCCAGCCAAGAAAGUGGCGGAGGCCAAGGCACGGAAGAAGCGAGCGGCUGCGAAAAGAUUUGAGAAGGUGAGGAAGAAGGCAAACGUAAUAUCCGACACGGCUGAUAUAUCGAACCGUUCAAAGGACAAGAUGAUAGACAAGCUAUACAAGAAAGCGGCAGAGCCGAGGAAGGCUAAGAAAGAGCUGGUUGUGUCGAAGAAAGGAGUUGGGGUUAAGGUUGGGAAAGGUCAGAAGAGAGUGGAUAGAAGGAUGAAGAGUGAUGCUAGGCAACGCCGAGGAGGCAAGCCUGGUAGGAAGGGGAUGAAGAGUGCCUCCGGUAAAUCAGGCCAGAAAGGCAAAAAAACCGAGGGGUAAGAGACCCAUGGGCGGCGAGUAAGUCCUCAGUGGACGAGAAGUAAGUUUUGUUCCGUUGUGUUUAGUCUGAUUGAUAUUUAUGCAAUUCUUGACUACUGGUUUUUGUUU